AUGGACUCUUAAUACGAGGAGGGAGAAAUAAUGACUCAGAAGAGCGAAUAAUUGGAACGCAUAAAUAGCGAAUCCUCAUUGCGUUCCCUUAGUGAUACUAAUUUCGAUGAAAGAGUGCGUAAAUCUUAAUAAGAAGACCCAAGUUCUUUUUCUUACGUCUGUGCCAUCUACAAUUUCUUAGGUCAAUGUAAUCAAGUUGGCUGCAAGAAAAGGCAUAUCCUUUUGUAAGAUGGAUUAGAGUAAUUCAUUACUGAGAAUAUCCAAUUAUUGAGGCAAUUGAUCAAUAAUGGGGAAAAGAUUAGAGUUCCUUAUGAAAAUUAUCUAACUAAAGAAAAUCACCACAAAAAACAUUAGGUAAUCAAACCUAAAGUUAUGACGAACUACAAUCAAGAACUCUGUGAAAAAUACAAAAGAGCCUUAACUCAUAAAUUAAGGAAAGAUAUCGAUAAAAUGUAAGAUAAACUCAAAACCAUUUGCUAUCUCAAGAAAUGGGUGAGACACAAUUUCGUAGAUGCAAGAGAUUUUAGCGAAUUGUUUUAUUCUCUAAACUCUUCCUAAUAAAUGCAUUUUAUGAACUUUUUCAAAGUUCUUGAGUUAUAGCCACCCUCAUUUCAAUGAUCGUUUAUACAUAUAAAUUUGUUUCUAUGUGUAUGUGCAACACUUAUCCCAUUAUU